CUAGUUUUUCUUAAACCAGAAACAACAAUGCUCCAAUCAAAUCCACCUCUCCUACAGCAUUAUGGAGAACUUGUGCACCACCCAUCUGAAUUUCCUGCACUUGUGUGUGAUGAACCCAAAAAUGGAGUGGCCAUGGAGGAAUGCCAACUCCCAUUGAUAGACCUCAAUGAUCUAAACUCUGACAAUGAAAGGGAGAGGCUAGCUUGCUCUAGAGCGAUUGCCAGAGCGUCGUCGGUGUGGGGAUUCUUCCAAGUAGUGAACCACGGGAUGAGCCCCGAGUUACUCCGGCGGAUGAGGAGAGAGCAAGUGAAGCUUUUUCAAACACCCUUUGAGAGGAAAACUACUUGGGGGCUUCUGAACAAUUCAUACAGGUGGGGGACACCAACAGCUACUUCUCCAAAGCAGUUCUCAUGGUCUGAAGCCUUCCACAUUCCUCUCUCACAUAUUUCAGAAGAAGCCUGCUAUGGAGAGUACAACUCUCUAAGGGAAGUGAUGAAGGAAUUUGCAGCAGCCAUGUCAAAAAUAGCAAGGUUGCUUGCAGGGAUUCUGGCAGAGAAUCUGGGCAACCAGAAGGGAGUUUUUGAAGAUAUUUGCGAUGAAAGCACAUGCUUUCUCCGCUUCAAUCGCUACCCGGCCUGCCCAAUAUCCCAAGAAAUAUUCGGCUUAGUGCCCCACACCGACAGUGAUUUCCUCACAAUCCUUUGCCAAGAUCAAGUCGGUGGGCUUCAGCUCAUGAAAGAUUCCCAAUGGGUGGCUGCUAAGCCCAACAAAGAUGCUCUCGUUGUGAAUAUUGGAGAUCUUUUUCAGGCAUGGAGCAAUAAUGUGUACAAAAGCGUGGAGCACAAGGUGAUGGCUAAUAGGACAAUGGAGAGAUACUCGAUAGCAUAUUUCCUCUGCCCUUCCUAUGAUUCUUUAAUUGCGAGUUGCAGAGAACCCUCAGUCUAUAGAAAGUUCACGUUUGGAGAGUACAGGAGCCAAGUUCAAGAAGAUGUCAAAAAAACCGGCUACAAAGUAGGGCUUCCAAGAUUCCUCCUUUAG